AUGGGUUCAGCACUGUCCCUCGGGGGCACCCCCGCUCCCCCCCAGGCCCCGGGCGGCGCUGAGGAUGAGGAGGGUGACUUCCUGGAGAGCCAGGACCGUGUGGAGGACAUCGCCAGGUUCCCCUACGUGGAGUUCACGGGGCAGGACAGCAUCACCUGCCCCACCUGCCAGGGCACCGGCUGCGUCCCCACGGAGCAGGUGAACGAGCUGGUGGCUCUGAUACCCUACAGCGACCAACGCCUGCGCCCGCAGAGAACGUGA